UCGCGCCACACACCUGUGCCCAGGUGACAGAGGGGAAAGGACGGUUCCCUGGACACCUAAGAGCUGGAUCUGGUGGGACUCAGGGGUGGACCCCCCCCUUUUCAGUAUCUCCCCACACACACACUUGAGAUGCCUCUUUCUUCCAGCCCUGGGGGGCAAGGUCUGAAUAGCUGGUGAGAGAUCGGGUGAAGUGUGAAUUGUGGAUUCUGUCAACACCAUGAGUUCCUCAGGCAGUGAGGUCUCCAAGCCCAGCGCCAGGGAGAUCUAUGAGCAGAGGAAGAAAUAUUCCAACUUCAUCAUGGCCGACGUCUCCCAAUACACCGUCAACCACCUGGUGACGUUCCCGGUGGGGGAGGCGGCUGAGCUGCGCUCGGUGGAGGACGCCGUGCGCAAAGUGGCCGCCAUGGAUGCCCAGGGCCAGCUCUGGGCCCAGGAGAUGCUGCUGCAAGUCACUGGGUCGGCCAUCAGGCUGCUCGACGUCCACUCCAAGGAGGAGCUGGAAAGCUACGGGCUGGCGGGGGUGCUGCGCUGCGAGGCCGUGCUGCCCAGUGCCCGCGCCCACUCCCUGUUGCUCCUCGUGUGCCAGGAGCCCCAACAGACCCAGCCUGAUGCCCACUUCUUCCAGUGCACCCACAUUGGGGCGGAGCCGAUCCGAGAGGACAUUAACAGUGCCCUGCUGGACUUCACGUCGGGGAGCAACGCUCAGAGGAGAGAAGCGCUCAGAGCAAACAAUGAGAAGAUGCAGAAUGGGGCACCACCGACCCCGGCGGGGACAGGCUCCCGGCCCCCACCCCCCCACAGGAAGGUGGUGAUCACCCCCUCAGCCACUCUGAAUGAAAUGAAGAUGCAGAGUCAGAGAGACACAGCUGACCCCUCGGACCCAGGCGCGCUGCGAACUGAGCGUGAUGUGGAGCUGCUGAACCGGAUCUUCGACGACAUUGAAGCUUUCGUGGGCAAACUGCAGAAAUCGGCCGAGGCCUUUCGGGUCCUGAAGCAGCUGAAACGGCCGAACCGGGGGCGCCGCCGGGAGCCGGGGGAGGGGCUGCUGACCCUGCGGGCCCGGCCACCCCUCAUGGAAGAGUUCCAGGACACUCUGGCCAAGUUGAAAUAUUCCUUCAGCCUCCUGGCAAGACUCCAGUCAAACAUCUUGAAUCCCACUUCAGAGGAGCUGGUUCACUUCCUUUUUGGCCCCCUGAAAAUGGUGGUGGAGUCAUCGGGGGGCCCAGAGUUCGCCAGCGAGAUCCGCUCCCCAAUGCUGACCCUGGAGGCUGUCACCCUGCUGCGGGGCUGCCUGGGGGCUCAAGAGGCCGAGCUGUGGCGCUCGCUGGGCGAUGACUGGACCCGGCCCAGGGUGGAGUUCCCCGGGGACUACGCCGCCCCUUAUACCCUGAGCUUCCAAAGUGGCUGGGCACCGCCCCGCCUGGGCCCCGAUGGCCAGCCCUGGGAGGAUCCAGUGGAGACCCAGCACCGGCAUGAAUUGCGCCGGGCACAGCAAUCGGCUCCUCCAAUCGAAGCCAACGGCCACAGAAGGACAGAAGAGAGCAGGCUUGUGAGCUGCACAUACGACUUUGUAGCCAGGAACAGCAAUGAGCUGUCUGUCCUGCAGGGGGAGGUUCUGGAGGUGCUGGACAACACCAAGAAGUGGUGGAAGGUUCAGAACCGCUCUGGCCAGCAAGGCUACGUCCCCUUCAACAUCCUCAGCCCACUCCCGGCCACCCAGAACCGCAGCCCGGGCGUCCCACUCAACGGUACCGGCAGCGCCGACUGCAGCCCCCGCCAGACCAGAGCCCCGGGCCCCCCAGGCUUGGCGGCUCUGAAGAAAAAGGUACCAGCCCCGAAUGGGACCCAGUGGAAUGGCUCCGAGGGGCUUGGCCUAGACCCCAAUGAGAGAGAGCGGCUGAAUGAGGAGCUGCUGCAGCGCCUGGCAGCCGGCCGGGGCACCCCCGCCAAGCCCUUCCGGGUGCACCGGGCGCCGGACACGUCGGUGCCGCUGGACCACGACUCCGACCCCGCCCAGGUCCAGGCCUGGCUGGAGGCCAAGGGCUUCGAGCCCCUGACGGUGAGCACCCUGGGGGUGCUGAAUGGGUCCCAGCUCUUCUCGCUGUCCAAAGCCGAGUUCCAGGCCGUGAGCCCCGAGGAAGGAGCCAGAGUCUACAGCCAGGUCACCGUACACAAGGCCAUGCUGGAGGACUUUAGGAAAACCUCUGAACUGGAAGCCGUGAUGGAGAAACGGAAGAGGAAAUUGGAGGGCAAGACAGAAGCAUCCCGCUCGUGAAGAAGGCAAGGACAUGGUGCCCCAACCCAGCUGGCAGAGCUCCCCCUACUGGUGAGGGUGCUGCUUGGGGGACUGGACCACCGGACCCCCACCUGGCUCACAGACUUCCCCCUCCCCAGCUCUCUGUGAGGGCGUCUCCCCAAACUAGACACGCUAAGGACCUCUGCACGGGUAUAAAUUUCUUCACGGGCAUCUGGCUACCACCUGCUCCAUUCAGGCUACCACGCCUCUUAAAGGAACACCCCCAGCGCAUAUGUGGUGUUGUUGUUUUUUACUUCCACUAUUUAUUUAAGAAAGGGGGCAAACUUUGAAAUGUAGCCCCCUCCCUUUCCCCUCCAAAUGGUAUGACCUUCCUUGUCCACAAUCCCCCCUCUGUUCCCCCCAAGUGGGUACAACUUCUAUAUUCCAACCUCCCUGGAUUUUGACUCACGUGGUACAGCCCCCCAGUCUGCACAGCCCCUCCCCCUGGGUAUAAUCUCCAACACUGCCUUUUCCUCUCAAGUGGUAUGUCCCCCCCAUUUUCUCCCCCCAAUUUCUCUGCCAAAUGAUACAACCACCACCAUCCCUGUUUUCUCAAUUGGUAUGUACCCUAUUCUCCAAGUAUGACUCCCCAGCCUUGGAAACCCCCCAUUGCCCCUUAAAUGGUAUCACCUCAGUCUUCACAGUGCCCCCUCCAUGUCCUCACCCCAGAAAUGGUAUGACCCCCUCCUCAUUGUUCAACCCCCCCCCAACGGACCCAACCCACCCACCUCCUCUUCUGAUUGGUGCAGAGCUGAGGCUAGGGGGCGCAACAGGGAAUCAGAGGACCUCAUUGCAUGUAGUACCCCCCGUGGCCACCAGAGGGGGACGCUCUGUGCUAGUCAGGCCACCAGUCCUAAGGUUGCUUAAUGGUUUCCAUUCCCAGCUCCCUAUUUUGGGGGCUGCUUAUAACUCAGCCAAAGCAGAACGGCUGGGGCAGAAAGUUCCCAUCUCUGCAGCAGGCUGCAUUGGGGAAGGGGGGAGGAUAUUCGGGGCAAAUCGAUUCAGCCAUUUUCGAGAUGAAGGCCGCUGGAGGGGAGAUGUACACGCACUACGUGCCCUUCGCGGCUGCUCGGCUCCUUGCUGGAGGGGGGGUCGACUCUCCCUACCCCCCCAAAAAAGGAGGGGGAAAAGCAAUAAAUAGUGGGAAACGUUGACCCUUCGGGGCCUUUUCACAAGUGCAGUAUUUAUACGGGGCGACGAAUCUGGGUAGCAUUUAU